AAAACAUUCCUUUAGAGAUAGGCCAUUUACAAGGCCUUCAAAGUCUUGAUCUUGGUUACAAUUUGCUAACAGGUAAGAUACCACUAUAGAUUGGUGAAUUACAAAGCCUAGAAACAUUGAAUCUCUCCCAUAAUGAGCUCACUGGUUCCAUUCCAUUAUCUUUUGAUAAUAUGUUAAGUUUGACAUCGGUGGAUGUAUCUUUCAAUCAGUUGGAGGGUCCUAUGACUAACAUGAAAGCUUUCCGAGAGGCUCCAUUUGAGGCGCUCAGAGGUGAUAAAGGUUUGUGUGGUAAUGCUACUGGUUUGAAGACUUGCUCGCCUAAAAUGAACAAUGAGAUUGGUAAAAAAAAGACAAACAAAGUUGUGUUACUAGCUGUCCUUACUUUUGGAUUUUUAUUGCUUUUGCUAAGGUUCUCGGAAUUUUUAUGGCUUUUCAUAAGAAAGUGAGGAACACAACAAAUGAACCACGACAAGUACAUAAUCAAAAUUUGUUUUCAAUUUGGAGCUAUGAUGGGAAAAUGGUGUAUGAAAACAUCAUUGAAGCGAUUGGGAACAUUAGUACCAAACAUUGUGCUGGGGAGGGAGGGUGUGGUACUGUUUAUAGAGCUGACCUUCCAAGUGGUCAGGUAGUUGCUGUGAAGAAACUUCACGAAUCACCCGAUGAUGACAUGACUAAUCUAAAAAGCUUCACGAGUGAGAUCUCUGUGUUCACAGAGAGUCGCCAUCAAAACAUCGUAAAACUUUAUGGUUAUUGUUCACACCCGAGGCACUUGUUUUUGGUUUAUGAGUUCUUGGAAGGGGGAAGCUUGGGAAAUAUAUUGAGCACAAAGGAUCAAGUAUUACAAUUUGAUUGGAUUAAGAGAGUGAAUGUUGUCAAAGGUGUGGCAAAUGCUAUGUCUUAUAUGCACCGCGAUUGUUCACCUCCAAUCAUCCAUCGAGACAUAUCAAGCAAGAAUGUUUUGCUUGAUUUAGAGUAUGUGGCUCACAUCUCAGAUUUUGGCACAGCUAGAUUUAUGAAGCCUGACUCAUCCAAUUGGACUUCAUUUGCAGGGACCUAUGGGUACGCUGCUCCUGAACUUGCUUAUACAAUGGAAGUGGAUGCGAGGUGCGAUGUUUAUAGUUUUGGGCUGCUCACACUGGAAUUGAUCACGGGGAAGCAUCUGGGUGAUCUAAUCUCCUCUUUGUCAUUGUCGUCAUCCUUCUCCUCACCAACAUUAACUGUGCAUGGGAUAUUAUUGAAGGAUGUGUUGGAUCAAUGUCUCUUACCUCCUAAGAAUCAAGUGGCAGACUAGCAUUUGCAUGUUUACAAGGCAAUCCAUUGUCUCGGCCAACCAUGAGACAAGUUGCCAUGAAGCUAUCAGAUGAUCAUGUAACCAUGAAGAUACCAGAUGAUCAAAAGUCCACCUUUGCAAAAUCAAUUUCAUAUGAUAACUUUAGGACAACUCUUUUGAUAUCACUUGCUUGACCUCUUAAGUAUUUGCCUUCUAUCCUUAGAAUGUAUGCUGUUCUUGUUUUUCAUUUUCGACAUAUUCUAGUCUAUUUUUCUGCUCUUUUUCACUACUAGCAGUUUCAGAAAGUUUAAAUAACUAAUUUAAAAAUAUCUGUAAAACAACCCAAUAGUUGCAAGCAUUUUAAAUGAAUGGGUCCAAUAAAAAAUUCCUACUUCUCUAUCUUUAAUUCAUUCAACAUUUGAGUGGCUCAGAUGAUUUAAAAAUUUAUAAGCUAUAAAUUCCACAUCAGCCUUUUUCUACUCAUUCUGUAUUCAAAACUUGCUUAAUCUAUCUCUUAGCAAUUUGUGUGCUAAUUUAUUUAUUUAUUUUUUGCAGAGUAAUUUGGAGAUUCCUGUACAAAGUGGUGUUGUACAAUGCUUCAAAGAAAUAGAAAUUCACAAGGGUGAAGUUUGGACACCAAGGAAAAGUUAGAAGUGUGUCAUUGAAACCAGAGCAUAAGAUGACAUGUCGAUUUAGCAACUUGUUUGCUAACUUUUGUGAACAAAUAAGAAGAAAUUGAAAAGAAAAAUGAACAGCACAGAUUUAGAUUAGGAUUUUUUGAGUAAUAAUCUUACAAUGGUGGUUUAAACCUCAAAAGAUAAUCAUUAUUGUAAAAUUAUUGUACUAAAUAUUAUUUCAGAUAAUCAUAAUUAUACAGAUUUAUAUGAUUGGGUAUAAAUGGAUUUCUUUUAAUGGACGAAAAUCAUUAUUAUACAAAUUUCCGAGGGAUCCAUCGAUCUUCCCAAAACUUAAUUGAAUACC